UCGUCGCGCUCCCUAGCGCCCAUCCCCGCGCUCGUCGCGCGCCCUAGCGCCGGAUCCUAGAAGAGUCCCCGGCGCCGGCAGCACACUUCUCAGCGGUCCUCCUGACCAUGCCCGGGAAGAGGGCGCGAAAGAGAUCUCAAUCGAGUCCGCAGCGAGCGCCAGCAGACCUGGAAGGUGGGUGCGGCGCUCAGCUCCCCGGAGCGGGACUGCCUCUCCCCGCGUCUGCGGAGUUUUCGGCUGCGGACCUGGCAGAGAAGUCUGGGAAGAAGGCACAGAACACCCAGCCGAGGCCGGCGCGCCCUCUGUCGGAGCUGGAAGUCGAAUGUGCCACUCAACUCAGGAUCAUCGGAGAUAAACUGGACUUGCGCAGAAAACUACUGAAUCUCAUAUCUAAGUUCUUCAGCUUCAUCCCCUGACAUUUUUCUGUGCUAUUUGCUUAGACAGACAACUUUUUAAAAAAAAUACCAUUUUCCCAGCUUGUGCAAGUUUCCUCACUUAAAGGAGACUGCAUUAUCACUGAGAAGACUGCGGAUGAUCAUUUGUGAGCUGUGAGAUGCCUUUGGAAAAGGAUAUGGAAGGGCUGGCUGCCACCACCUGCACUGUUGGCUUCCUAUGUGGGCACCAAUUUGAGUCCCGGCUGCUCCACUUCCAAUCCAGCUCCCUGCUGAUGUGCCUGGGAGAGCAUUAAGUCCCUGGGCCCCUGGACCUACGUGGGAGACCUGGAAGAAGAUCCUGGCCCCUGGCUUCAGAUCAGCCCAGCUCUGGCCAUUGUGAACCAGCAGAUGCACCCAUGUGGGAGACCCAGAAGAUGCUCCUGGCUCUUGACUCCUGGCUUCUGAUCAGCCCAGCUAUGUGGAGAGUGAACCAGCAGAUGGAAGAUUCUGUCUUGUCUCUGUCUCUCUUUCUCUCUAUAAUUCUGUCUCUCAAAUAAAUAAUCUUAAGAAUAAAAAGAAAAGAAAAAGAGGUGGAAAAUGUUAUAAAGAGUUUUGGGUAGACAUUUCUGAGAAACCAUUUUUGGAAAUGUGAGAAUAUAAACCAGCUGUUGAAAGGAAGAAUGUCAGAGCCUUGAUAGUAGGAGAGUAACUACCACUGCAUUUCUUUUCCUUAGAAAGUUGUUCUAGCGGCUUUUUUCUUGUUGGUGCUGUCUCCAGUGUUUUUGCUGAAGGUUGAUGCCCAGCCUGGCGUGAGAGCAGCUGAGAGAUGACUGACAGGGCAGGAGAGAGAGUGCAGUGUCUUUGCUUUGUCUAGCACAGUGUAUAUUUGUAUGUAGAUACAAAGAAAAAUUUCAUUCUCAGAACACUGAAUAUCAUAGUGAAUGCUGAUUUCCUAGGUCACUACAGAAGGUAAAAUAAUUUGAUAAUUCAUUUGUUUUGACUUAAAUCGAUUUGUUCCUGUUCUGAUGACUUUUCACUAAAUGUGUUCCAACGGGAUUCAUAGAAAGUAUGGAAAAAACUGGAAAAUAACUUUGAAAAGAAUUGAAAACAAGUACACAAGAGUUACCUCUUAGCAGUAGAACUCUUACAAAUUGAAUAUUAAAUGAUAAAGAGUAGGAUUUGUUUUUUAUAAUCAGGGAUAAUAGGAACAGGACUCAAUCCUAAGUAAUUUAAUUAAUAUUUAAUAAAACAAGUACUCAGUUAUAAAAAUCUGUAAAAUGAAUUUUACCACCUGGCUAUGCAAUGAAAACUGAUC